AUAAGCUCCCGGAACUCGGAGACCUUUCUCAAGACCAAACACACAGCUAUCGAGCUCAAUCGAUAGGCUUCGGCGCAGCUGCAUCCACCUGCCGUGCAAGUGGGAUUCACUCGCAGUGAUUGUUUGCGUUCCGCUCUCCUAUAAUGUCUACAUCGACCGCAAGCGAUUCCGCGUCAUCAACGAAAUCGCGUACGAGGACCAAGAAUGGGAGCGAGGGCAGCAAAUCGUCCUCCGUGGAUUCAAUAUCAGAGUUCCUGCAGAACUACGACUUCGAUGACGAGGAAAGAUUCUCCUAUUCUUCCGCUCACAGUUUGCGGAGAGAUGCGAACGGCCGCAAAGAGACGUCAAUCCAGGACAUGGCCGAGGAAUUCAAUCCUUCACACCUAGCGUCGGCAUUCAGGAAUCUCAACACGAUGAGAGAAUCUUCUCAGCUCUGUGAUGUCACCCUGAAGACGACGGACAGCUCGAUCGGUCUCCCAUGUCAUAAGAUUGUGCUGGCUUUCAGCUCGCCAUAUUUUCUAACAAUGUUCAACAGCAAACUCAUUGAGAGCACUAGCUCUGAGAUCGUGAUCCAUGAUGUGGAUCACAAGUCCCUGAAGACAAUCGUGGACUAUUGCUACUGCGGGAAUCUGUACCUCUGCACAGAGAGCGUUCAGCCCUUGCUGCAAGCUGCGUGUUUGCUCCAGAUGGAGAAGAUCAUCAUCACGUGCGUCGGCUUCUUCUUACUGCGGUUGGAUCCGACGAACUGCAUAGGUGUGCGAGCUCUGGCCGACACGCUCUCGCUCCAGAGCCUCCAGUCGAGCGCUGACUUCUAUAUCGUACGGAACUUUCGCCAGGUCGUAAAAUCAGAAGAGUUCCUCCAGUUGACUGCCAGUGAAGUAGAACGCUUGCUUUCGGAUAACAGACUCAAUGUGCCCGGGGAAGAGGUCGUUUUCCAAGCCAUCAUGAGGUGGGUGAAACACAGCGAGAAGAGGAUCUGUGAACUAGGCCGUCUUCUGAAGCAGUGUCGGCUGCCACGCUUGCCGAGGAAUUUCUUGAUGAAUGAAGUCGCCGAAAACCCCCUGGUGAAAGAGAGCGAUGCCAGCAAGGAUCUCCUCAUAGAUGCGAUGAAGUAUCAUUUGAUGCCAGAUAAACGUACGGAAAUGCGAUCCGCCAAAACCACGAUACGAACCCCUUAUGGACUCUCUCCAUAUAUCCUUGCCGUCGGAGGCGGCUCCCUAUUCGCCAUUCACAGCGAUUGCGAGUUUUACGACUACAGUGCCGACAGAUGGUGUCAUUUCGAGUCCACCAUCCACCGGAGGUCGCGGGCCGGCGUGCUGGCCUGUGAUCGAUUGGUUUAUGCUAUCGGUGGCUUCGACGGAAUCAAAGAUCUAGCCGCAGUCGAAGUCUUCAGCCCUUAUAGCGGUCACUGGACAUCUUUGUCACCGAUGAGUUGUCGGAGGUCCUGUCUUGGCGCAGCGGCGCUCAACGGUUUGAUCUAUGUCGGAGGAGGUUUUGACGGCUACACCUGUUUGAGUACCGUGGAACGCUAUGACCCCCUCGUGGGGGUUUGGACAACGGUUCAGAGCAUGGACCACCGGAGACGAUAUGGCCGGUUGGAAGCACAUGGCGACUGUAUUUAUGCCGUGGGGGGACACGACGGCUCCAACUACUUGAACACAGUAGAGCGUUUCGACCCUCGGGAGGGGAAAUGGCAGUCGCUACCACCAAUCAGCUUCAGAAGGAAUUCUGCCGGCGUCGCAUCACUGGGGGACUAUCUUUACGUUGCCGGAGGGAACGAUUCGGCCCUAUGCCUGAAUUCGGCCGAGAGAUUCUGCCCGAAGACGAACAGUUGGCAAAUGAUCAGCAACAUGGGAUGCAGGAGGACGACGCACAGCCUUCUGCAGAUGCAUCAUUCGCUCUAUGCGCUUGGAGGCAACGAUGGAAACUCAAGCCUGAACACAGUUGAAAUAUUCAAACCAAAGGAGAACAAAUGGAUCCCGGGAACCUCGAUGCAGCUGCGUCGAGGCAGUCUCGGAGCAGCGGUUGUCGAAGCCAUCUGCCUGGAGUCCCCCUCGUAGGUCUGCAUUCGACAUU